AAGAUGAAGGAACGAACAAUGCAAUCGUAUCCUAAUUUAGUUCGGCGUCUGUCUUUAAACUAAAGUGAGAUAUAUUUUAAGCAUCACUUCUUCUGACAAUAAAUACCUUGGUUUCGGUGGGUAAGGCAAGGCAGUGAUGGUCGUGGUGGUGGCAAAUGUCCUGUUAUCUCUUCUACCAGCCUACGAACCCACUUUAAAAUUAGUUCAGAUUUAGAUUAACGAGAGCCUUUUUGGAGGUGUGUGUGGGGCAUAUGGGAUUUGGCCUAACUGGUCACAAAGCAAAAAGACAAGGGUUUUGGUUCCUAUGCAUGGUUGAGUACCUGAACAUCUUCAUUCAUCAGAUUUUACUUGGUGAGACGAGCAGUUUAGUGAGAAGAACGAUUUAGGAAGCUUCUUACGUACGUAGUUUAGUUGGCUUAAAGAAGUUGCAUUGGGUAUGCAUUUAACAACAAAGUUGCUUAUUUUAUGUAUUUAGUUGUUGGUGUAGUUAUUUAGUUGUGAUGGUGUCGUGGUUGUGGUAGGAUUGGUAUUUGGUAGCGUUCCGUCUGGUACGAUCUGGUAUUGUAGUCUGCAAACUCUGUAUAAUCCGCAUUCCUGAGGAGAAGAAGACGAAGAAGCAGGAAUUAAUCUAGUCUCAUCGUAUAACAAUCUACGCAUUAAGUUAUGCAUGCAAAAGUGUGGAUUAUUUUUUUAUUCGUGGUAUUGAUUUGUGUUUAUCGUUAGUAAUGAAGUGAAAUUUAAGUGGGGUUUGUUAUGUGAGUCGCAAUUUUUGGUGCGGGUCGUGAAUUUUUGUGGAUUUAUGUGUAACCAAAAAUUUGGAGAAUUUGAAAUGGUGGACUGUUGAUCAGAUGGAUUUUUAACACAAAUAAACGGAGAAAAUUCUGAAAUUUUAAUUUUACAACAAAAGUGCAUGCAUCCCAGCCUCAAAUAUAAAUUAUCUGAUCAUUAAUCCUCAUGCUACACAAAGAAAAAUGGACCAUCACGAAUCAUCGUUAUCAUCGUCGCCCUUAUCACUGCGAAAGAAACGUCGUGAAUUUUCCAAGUGUAAAUCCUUCUCCGCAGCGCCCUUCAUUUUGUACCGGAGCACAAAAUAUUCCAGUCUUCGGAGCAGAAUUUUUGAUUACGUGACCAGUGCGAGGACUUAUUUGAGUGGGCGAUAUCCUAAAUUGAGGUCACUCUUGGGGACGACCCUGCUGUACCACGUGGCGGUAGGAAUUCUCCUCCCCCUCGUCUGCCUGCCCAUCUUACUAGUCUCAUUUUGUGUAAUACAGCUCUAUCGAAAAGUGAGGAUAUCCCUAGUCAAAAAAUACUAUCCGGAAGUAAGAAUUUGUGAUGAUUUUAAUGCAAGGAAAUCUCCAUCCUUCGGAAUAGAAUCGGAUUUCGUGACCUCGCUAAUUUGGGUGAAGGGCGACAGUCUGGACGUGGAAGGGAUAAGAUCUGGUCUUACAGCGAGAAUCCAGGCACCCUCCUCCCCACUCAACCUUCUCGGAAGGGUGCUCAGCUCGCGGCUUCGCGUCCUAGUUUGGGAACAAGAAAGCAGUUCUCGUACCGAGUUCAACAUUUCGAAUCACGUGGCACUGACAGACUCAAAAUUUCACGGAAUUCGGAUAACCGACGACCCCGUGCGAGAACUUGGCGGGGGAUCGGUGCUUCAGAAAUAUGUCAGUGAAAUAGUGUCGUCUCCUUUGAAGGGGUCCGUGCCCCCGUGGGGAGUAAACCUCGUCCAGUUAUCGAGUCGGGAGAAUCCGGGGAUCAUGACGACCCUGAUUGUGCUCCGGUUUCAUAGACUCCUCCUCAAGGAAAGGGCCAUCGUGGCAAUGUUCUUGAGCAGUUUGGGACAAAAAGGGGCCCUACUGGAAGUGGAGCAGGCAGGAAGUGGUACUUUCAUCCCGUGCGAGCUGGAAGGUGGGAUGGGAUAUAGGGAAGAGGAGAAUAAAUGUUGGAAAGAUAAGAGCAGAUUGUUCUGGAUGUCCAUGGCGCAGGGUAUCGAAUCAUUCCUGAUCAACUGUGAAAAUUGGAUAACGCUGAGAACACGUCAAGCCGAAUUUAAUUCUCGCCUCGCCCUCGGAAAACUAGUCCUCUUCGAACUAUCUGAUACCAUGAUGCGUAAAAGUGCUCAGAUUUCAAAAAUUUUAGACAUUACGAAAAAACUUUGUUCCAAUUUGUGGCAAAUUUUUCGUGCAAUUUUAUACAUCCCAAGCAUCGUGGUUAAAAUCUAUGUCGCUAAUCGUUCCCCAAAUCGGAUCGGACUUUACUAUAAGACGACAAAAAGUGGAGAAAUGUGUAACAGCGUGUCGUGGUCGAGACAGCUUUCGGUCCAGUUUUUACACGAAAUUAGCAACAAGAUAAUUUCUGAUGGGAACGUCGAGGGGACGGAAAGUUCUAUAUUUCUCACCGCUGUUUCGUUAGCAUUGAAAGAUUAUUAUCUCGAGAAUUGUAUCCCAAACCCGGUCACGAUUGGUGCCACGGUUUCUUCCGCUUCAAACACGUCUUACUCAACUGGGCAGAAACUUGUUGAGUUACCGACGCGAUUGUGCGAUAUUCCGAAAGAGCUCAAAAAUUUGGCCCAACAAGUCGACACUUUCACUGCCUGGAAGCAACUCGCGCUAUCCUAUUUGGUCAAGUUUUCUUCCGCCGUGCUCCCCCAAUCUGUAGCUUAUUCACUAGUCGAGAAAAAAUUGGGGAAUUAUUACCCCAUCCAUGUCACUCUGGUCGACACGCAGUCAUCCUUUCCAAACCUAACGUUUUGGGGACAUCCCGUUAAAGAGUUUACCUUUUGGAAACAUCCACAAUCAAAUUUGUGUAUUUCCAUCACUCUGAUAAAAUACGGGGGUAAUUUCCGCCUCUGUGUCUCGUCCCCCAUGAAAUCCGUGGAUCACUUCAUUUCUCGAAGAUUCCCACAAUAUCUGAACCAGAUCGCCGAGUCAGUGGGGGUUGAUCGGGGGAAGAUUCCGUACUCGAAAAAAUCGUCACCCCUCUCCUCAAACGCGUCUAGUCGUGGGGAUGACGAUGAAAAUCAAAUCGACGACGACGGCUCCGUCUUUGUCACGCCAAAUUGCACCAAAAUUGGGGGGACCAGAUUCGUUAGGAGAGUUAAUAGCUGUCAAAAUCUGAGAUGAUGAUGGUCGUAAAUUUUAAAUGGGAAACUUUCGCAUGUAGAUUUGUAGCGCGUGAAGCACGUUAAAUAUGGAUUUAUGAAGAGCUAUAAAAUAUUUGCAUAAUAUGCAAAUGAUGCUAUAUAUUAUACAGCAUUACGAUAUUUCUAAUGAAAAUUUUGUAAUAUGCAAAUCGUGCCGGAUUAGUAAUUGUAAAGAUGAAGUUUGAUAAUACUACUGAACUCACCGAACUGACCUACAUAAACUGUUAACAAUUGUGAUCUGAGCUAAAAAUGUAACUGAUAAAUUAUUCAAGAUAGUCUCACAACCAUUAUAAAAUAGAAGAUAUAUAUAUUUGAUUCGUAGUCAGUGUCAUAAAAUAUUGAAAGUGUUGCAUUUUUGUACUCCUCCUAAAUAAGUAUUAGUAACGUGAUACGUGAUAAGAUAUUAAUUUUGUACUAUAAGGUCCUACAUGUUUUUGAGAAGAAAUAUAUAAAAUAAAACUCCGGAAACUAUAAAUACUGAAA